UUUGUGUUGGUAGUAUCAAAAUAUUAUUUGUCAAAAAGCUUGAAUAUAAAUUUGAUUUUUAUUCUUUAUACAGCAAUCCAGCAAUAAUGAAUACAGCAAAAGAAGAUCUCCAAAUGGACGUAGAUAAUGCGUUGGGCGAAUCUUCGAAAGGGGGCGGAGGAAGAAUGGAUCUCGAAACUGGGAAAGGUGUGAUGGCCGUUGGCACAACAGGCUCGGUCACUUGUUCUUUACAUCCACUUGUUAUAAUGAACGUUUCGGAGCAUUGGACUCGUGAAAGGGCCCAAGAAGGUUCAGCACCACAAGUCAUAGGUGCACUUAUCGGGAAGCAGAAGGGUAGGAACAUAGAAAUAAUGAAUUCGUUUGAGCUCGUCUUCAGUGUGAUUGGUGGUGAUGUCGUUAUCGAUAGGGAUUAUUACAGUAUGAAAGAGGAGCAGUUUAAACAGGUGUUUAGCGAAAUGGAUUUUAUAGGCUGGUAUACAACGGGUGACGUUCCGAGUUCAACAGAUAUAAAAGUGCACAAACAAAUUUGCGAAAUAAAUGAAAGCCCCAUCUUGUUAAAGUUAAAUCCUUUUGAUAAAAAUAUUGAUCAUUUACCAGUGGCUUUAUAUGAAUCGGUGAUUGACUUGGUAGACGGUGAAGCUACAAUGCUUUUUGUCCCACUCACCUACACCUUGGCAACUGAAGAGGCCGAACGAAUUGGGGUUGAUCACGUGGCAAGGAUGUCGUCAACUGAUGCUGGGGAAAGUUCUUUAGUUGCCGAACAUCUUACAGCGCAGCAUAGUGCGAUAAAAAUGUUGCAUUCACGUGUGCGCCUCGUGUUGGAGUACAUGAAGGCUGUACAGGCAGGAGUUUUACCGACAAAUCACGAGAUUUUGCGUGAAACCUACUCACUGUGUCAUCGUUUACCGGUAGUUCAAAGCUUACGAUUUAGGCAAGACUUUUAUAAUCAAUGCAACGAUGUUGGCUUGAUGACUUAUUUAGGAACUCUAACCAAAGGGUGUAACGAUUUAAAUCAAUUUGUGAAUAAGUUCAACAUCUUAUAUGACAGACAAGGAAUGGGACGUAGGAUGAGAGGCCUUUUCUUUUAAUUUAUAUUUUGUAUUUAAAAUUGUUUAGAUAAUGCUUUUGUAAGAAUAUAUAGAUCGAUUUAGUAUAA